AUGCUGUUGGACGAGGCCCAUGAAAGGCUGUAUGUAGGGGCUAAAAACAUCCUGUACUCCCUCAGCCUGGAGAGAGUUAACCACCAACACAGAGAGAUCGACUGGGCCAGCUCUGUGUCACAGGUAGAAGAUUGUCUGAUGAAAGGCAGAGAGAAGCCAGAGUGUGCUAACUACAUCAAGGUGCUGCAGCUGUUUAACACCACCCACCUGUUGGCCUGCGGAACAGGAGCAUUUAACCCUCACUGUGCCAAAAUAAGGGUGGGACACACAGGACAGGUGAGCAGGUUUGAGCUGGAGGAGCAGAGUGUAGAGAGCGGCAGAGGGAGAUGUCCCUACAACCACAACAGCCCCGUUACAUCCACUCUGGACAGAGGAGAGCUGUAUAUUGGCCUGUACACAGACUACUGGGAGAAUGACGCAGCUUUGUGUCGACUGAACAACCAGAGCUACACACGUACUGAGAGAGACGACAGACAACAGCUCAACGAACCUAAGUUUAUUGGGUCGGUGGUGAUUCCUGAUAACAAUGACAGGGAUGAUGACAAGGUCUACUUCUUCUUCACGGAGAGAGGGACAAACGCAGAGGGGGUUAACAAGGCUGUUUACACCAGGGUGGGACGUGUCUGUGCGAAUGAUCAGGGAGGUCAGAGGAUGUUGGUGAAUCGUUGGAGCUCCUUCCUAAAGACUCGCCUCAUCUGCUCUGUGGCUGGACCCAACGGCAUCGACACACACUUUGACGAGCUAGAGGAUGUAUUUGUGUUGAAGAACAAGGAUGAGAAGAAUCCAGAGAUUUUUGGCCUCUUCAGCACUACAAGUGCUGUGUUCCAGGGCUAUGCGGUGUGUGUGUACCACAUGGAUGAUGUGCGAGCAGCGUUCAAUGGCCAGUUUGCCCACCGGGAGAGACCAGAGCACCACUGGACCCCCUACGAAGGCCGGGUCCCCUACCCACGCCCCGGAUCUUGUGCCAGUGAGGUGAAUGGUGGUGGGUUCUCAGGUUCUAAGGAGUUCCCUGAUGAGGUUCUGCGAUUCGUGCGUUCCCACCCCGUCAUGUUUAGCCCGGUCCUCCCCCUCCACCGCAGACCAGUUCUACUGCAGACAGAGCCAGGGGGGAGGAGACUAACUCAGAUCGCUGUGGACCGUGUCCAGGCCCAGGAUGGACACUAUCAUGUUCUGUAUAUAGGAACAGACGACUCUGUUGUGUUGAAGUUUAUCACCAUCUACAACAAAGACACAGACACCAUAGAGGAAGUGCUACUGGAGGAACUGCAGGUGUUCAAGGUCCCUUUUCCAAUAACUGAGAUCAUCAUAUCAGCUAAACGGCAACAGCUAUAUGUGGGUUCUGAGGUUGGUGUGGCUCAGGUGAGGCUCCAUCAGUGUGACCUGUACGGGUCUGAGUGUGCCGACUGUUGCCUAGCGAGGGACCCUUACUGCGCCUGGGAUGGAAUCACCUGCUCACGAUACUACCCUGCUGGGGUUUACACCAAGAGACGAUUCAGGAGACAGGAUGUUCGCCAUGGCAACGCUGUACAGCUGUGCAACGGGCUACAGAUUGAUGGGGAGCAGUUCCAGGGUGCAGUGGAGAGGCAGGUGUAUGGGGUAGAGAGUAACAGUACUCUACUAGAGUGUACCCCUCGUUCUCUACAGGCCAGAGUCAUGUGGUACAUACAGAGAGACCCAGACAGAGAGGAGGUCGGAGGUGAUGAGCGUGUAGUUAUGACAACCCACGGGCUGCUGUUCCUGCGUGUUCGGAGCGGGGAUGCUGGGGUGUACGUGUGUCAGACGGUGGAACAUGGCUAUGUCCACACCCUACUGAGGGUCACACUACAUGUGUUGGGAGGACGGAAGGUUGGGGCUCUGAUACACAGGAAAGGGGAGGAGGGGGAGGGAGAGAGGGAGACAAAAGCAACCUGUCACCUCCCUCUAGAUACCUCUCCAGGCCCCCACCCUGGUUCCAACUCUGACCCCAGUUCCAGGCUACAAGGAGCCCUGCCAGGGUUAUCCCUAGCCCCAGCCCCAGCUCCAGGCCCUGCCUCCAGGCUGCCAGGCCCAGGUCCUACUUCCAGGCUGCCGGCCCCAGUCCCAGGUACUACAUCCAGGCUGCCAGCCCCAGGACCAGGCCCUGCCUCACAGCUGUGGUACAAGGAGUUUCUCCAGCUGAUAGGCUAUGGGGACUCCCAGCAGGUGGAGGAGUACUGUGAGAGGGUCUGGUGCUCAGGGAAGAGACGCAGGAAGUCUAAACGCAGAUACACCCAGCCAAUGGAAGUAGCAGAGAGGAAGGGGAGGGGGAAAGGAGACCCACACCGAGCCCCCAGACACACCUUGGACACCUGA